AUGGACAAAAAGACACUUGGUGGGAAGAAAAAGCUUGUGUUUGAGCCCAAAAUGCCGACUGAACCCAUGAAUACGCACGUCUCCUCGGGCACGAAGCCUGUGAAUGUGGAGGUUAAGAGGAAAGAAGUCAAACGAAAAGAGGCUCCUGCGCCGCAUGUGCACAGGGCCCCGGAGCCGGCGGUUACGCUAAUUGGGGGCGCGAAGGAGACAAAGUCUUUCAUGUUUAGCUCUGGAAGCACGCAGGAAAUAGCGAAUGAAGACCUGCUGCGCAUAGAAAAUGCCCCUCUGACGGUCGACAAAAUAGCAGACGCUGUGCGGAGCAAGGAGGUCUCUGGGUUUUCGCUGGACUUGGGCCCCAAAAAGAAAGUGCUUCUGCAGCUGCCAAACCUUUUGCCGGAAGAGAACCGCCGCUACAUAAAGGGAAAGCUGAGGAUAGAGGAGAACGAAAUAUACUUAACCGUGGCUGGAAGAGUCAGCGCGAACGCCCCAAUGCAGGACUUCCUCUUUCGGAUUACGCCUGUCGAUAUGGGCAUGCCGCAGGAGGCAUACAAGAAGGAGGACUCGCAGGAGUCCCUUCGCCGAAUUGGGCAGGUCGACACAAAGUUCAUAUCUUCUCUUGUAAGGGAUAAGUAG